AUAAUGGCGGCAUGGGCAUUUAUGGAUGUUGGCGCAUGGAUGAUGCGAAUUGCGAAUAGCUGUCCAAACUGGGAACUUUGGUGUUGGCCUGACCGGAACAAGGCAUCAAUGCAACCUUAGCGUCUUGUCUCAACUUCAACCUCGCAACUACCCAAACCACUCCGGACAAGUAGUACAACCAAUUGAACACACAAUAUGGCGUCUGGAUAUGGAUAUAAUGGAGGUAAGGAUUUAAUGACCACACAUAGGUUCUGCCGAGGAUUCAGGAGCUCAAAUUGGGGCUCAAUGGCUAAUCCACGCUCACAGGAACCUCCCGAUGCUUUCCCUUCUGGCAAGAGGUUCUAGCUUGCUAUGUCGUCAACACAAACUCUGAGGACGAUUCGGGAAAGAAAAAGUGUGUGCCUGUGUUGGAGGAUUACUAUGAGUGUUUGCACCACAAGAAAGAGGUGAGUGGGAGAGCUAUAUGGCGUGUCGGGAUGCUGGACUGGGCUGAUGAGACCCAACCACGUAGGCAUCGAGAAUUCGAGCUUUACAAAUCGCAUACCGCAGGGCUGAAACAGAAACGCCUCGCGACAACGUACCACCAGCGGGAGCAAUUCGAAGUUUGGGGUUGUUAGAUAAGGAAGAAGAUACCAAGAGUGCACCCAAAUGAGCGAACGACGCUGGGAAGGG